UUCGGUUAUUUCAGAACAUAGAUUUAAAUAUUAAUUGUUAUUGGGACACUUCAAAAUUCUUCAAACAUUUUUUUAAAACAUGGAUGAAAGGAAUGGAUCAUAUAUUGGUAGUCGUAGAACUCGAGGUUUGAACGCAAGUGGAUUGAUUAAUUCACCAUCAACAAUGAGAGACGCAAGAAGUAUGCAAAGAAGAUCAAGGAUGACACCACAACAAUAUCAAAGUCUUCAACAACUGGAUGAGAGUAUAGUUCAAGAAAAUCCUGCGUUUCUUGAAGCAAUUACUCCAAUUUCUGGACCUAGCUCAAAUAGCCGAGGAAUGACAAAGUAUGAUUUUACCAGUCAGCAAUUUCCUAGAACAAUGAUGGCCAGACAAGAAGCAGAAUAUUCCAUGCUUGACAUUUCUGAUGAAAAUUUCGAACUUGAUGCAACGAGAAAUCUUCUUGAACCUAAAACUCCAUCUGGCUUCACUCAACAUAUGACAACAUUACAGUGUAUUCCUGAUGAAGAUCCAGGACUGGCAGCCACGUCCAGUCUCUUCACAGACUUCAAACACUGUUUUCAGCGACAUGAAUCCGCAUCAGAUGUUUUUGACUUACUUUCCAGUUAUGAAGAAGUUUGCUCAGAUCAUGAGGCAUUACUCAGAAAAAUUUUGGGAGUUGCUCGACCCGACCCUGCUCUCAAUUCUGUGAAUCUGUUGGCGAUGGUGAGAGAUGAAAAAAGAACAUGGAGGUUAAUUGCAUGUCUAUACAACGAUCGUCUGAAAACUGAGGCUAUGGAAAGCAGCAUGGUUGUGGAUGACAUGACGGAGCAUACAAGUGAAAAGAAAGUAGUGAACAAUCUUUUCAAGGAUAAUGCUGAUAUAAGACAAGCACAGAUCGUUAUUGAUUGGCUCGAAAGAAAUGCAGCAGAUGAUUUAGAUGACGAAGUUGUUGAUAAAGUUCAACAUUAUUCUGAAAAUGUUUGCUGGGAGAACACACUUCAUUUUCUCUCACAGAGAAAAUUAAGAGGAGAAAAGGGAACUGGUGACAAACAUAUGGUUUCUCAGAUGGACCCAGAUGCACCUUCCCGACAACGUAAACCUCUGGCUGAUCUAGAUCAAAGUGAUGAAAUUCGACUCCUAAAAUCAAUGUUUUCAUUUAUAAGAGCUGGAAAAAUUGAAAAGGCACAAGAUCUCUGCAUGUACUGUGGCCAACCUUGGAGAGUGGUUUCGUUGGAUGGGUGGCAGCUGUACCAUGACUCUAACAGAGAAAAUCUGACUGAAGACGGACCUGGUCAAAUUGAAGGUAAUCCAUUGAGAGAUUUGUGGAAGCUUGCUAGUUGGUCAAUAUCUCAAGAUGAAACUGUUCAUACUUUCGAAAGAGCGAUAUAUGGAUCACUAUGUGGGAACCUAAAAGCGAUGGUCAAUGUAUGCAAAUCAUGGGAAGAUUAUCUCUGGGCUCAUUUCAAAACUAUGAUAGACACCGUGGUUGAGCAUGAUCUGCGACAUUCUCCUACUCUUGUGGAGAGAGUCCGUCCUGAGUGUGCUGGGGGACUUGUCACUCUUCCAGAGUCAUACUGGGAACAGAGAGUUGCCCUUUCCUCUUCAAAGCAGAUUUUUGAGCGAAUACAGGCUAUUUCAAAUGAGGCCGCACGCCAAGAGGGUGAAUUUCCAUUUCAUUUAGUUCAAAAAUAUGUCAUUCUUGAAGAUAUUACUGGAUUGAUCGAUGCAUGUCAUUCAUGGGUAACUGAGUCCAUGGAAGAUGACACAGAAAGCAAUGUAUCUAAUGUUCAUCCUCAAUUAUUAAGAUUUCUCUGCCAUUUAAUCUUGUUUUUACGGACAAUUGGAGUUUCAAUGAAUGAAUCGAAAUGUGAAGUAAUUCUAGAAGCGUUCGUUCGAUAUCUUGCUUCUGAAGAAAAGUCUUUCCACUUAGUUGCAAAUUAUACAGCUGCCUUGCGAUCAGAAAAACAGAUCGAGGUUUAUUCCGACUUUCUGAAAACUAUUGAAGAUAAGGAGCGGAGACAAGAAUAUUUGAAGAUGGCUCAUGAAGCUGGACUCGAUAUACCAACAAUUACAAAAACAGUUGUGGAGGAUAUUAGACAGCAAGGAGAUGAAGAUGUGACUAUUUUAACACAUUCCAUUGUUGGUGGUGGUGAUAUCACAAUGUCCAAUGAAACCUUUGACCCGACCUUUGAACCUCCUAUGACCCGAGAUGAUUGGAGGAAAAUUGAAGCAUUAGAAUGGCUUGUGUUUGAUGAAUCACAAAGGGCAGAAGCAGUGAAACAGUGCAACGCACUUAUGAGAACUUUUCUUGCUGCUAGAAAGUUCACUGCAGCAAAAGAAGUUUUUCAAAAAAUUCCUGAAGGAUCCAUUGAAGUGAUUCACCGUCAGUGGAAAGAAAAGGUCCCAGGAUCUACCCCACUCCCACCAGAUGAUGAAAAUGCAAUUAGAGAAUAUGUUUGUAUGCAGGCAUAUCUUUCUGCAAAGCAAUCAUUUAUGGAUUGGUUCAAAUAUUAUCAUCACAAUAAACCAGUAGCACCUCGUGACAGCCAAACUGGAAAUGAUAAAAGAUUCCCGAAUAGAGUUGCGAAAGGUCACAGGGAAGACAAAUAUCAAGAGGAAUUAAUCAGAUGGAAUGAAACUUGUAAGAAGAUGUGUAUGACCUUACGUGACAGGAUUUAUAAUGUUUUAUUGCUCCCUAAUGGUGGAUGGUUAAUUGAUAUUCAGCAGAUGGAAGAUAACGACAACACCAGACGACGUCAGCACCAACUUGAUGUUUUGCGCCAUUUAUGCCUGCCUGCUCUCUGUCAUCUUCUCGUCACAGCUUUGAAAAAUACCCCUGAUAUGAAGGAAGAAUGCCUUCAUCUUGCAGAUGCCAUAGCUGAUGAGGAAUAUAAUGUUUAUGAGGUCUUCACAAAGGAAGAAGGAAGAAAAUUAAUGUCAAGAAUUCAAGACAUUGCAGUUGAUUUAUUGUAAUUUUGCUAUUGCUUUACUGCCAAAUUUAAAACCACAAUUUUCUGCCAUUUUCAUACACUUUCGAUUUAUAAUAUAAACUGAUAAACACCGGCUUCGUACAUGA